UAUUCCGUGUUUGCGAUGUCGUGGCGCUAGUCGACGUUGGAGAUCACGCAAGCGACUUGCAAAUUUCAUUUUAUAUUGAACAGUAGAGAAGUAAUCAUUCGUAAACGCUUGAACAAGCCCUUGACGAACAAGCAUGAGGCGUGCUGGUUUAGGAGAUGGGGCGCCCACGGAGAACUAUGUUCCAAGUGGAUACAGCGUCUAUGAGGAGGAAAAUGACAAGUUAACCGAUAGCCUCAAAGCAAAGGUCAACGCUUUGAAAACCCUAUCUAUUGACAUUGGAACAGAAGUAAAAUUUCAAAACACGUUUUUGGGACAAAUGGACACAGAUUUUGAGUCGACAGGUGGUCUGUUAGGUGCCACUAUGGGCAGACUGAAACGACUAUCUAGAGGAAGUCAAACAAAGCUUUUUUGCUACUUGAUGUUAUUUGUACUGUUUGUUGUGUUUGUAUUAUAUUGGAUUAUAAGGUGACAGUAAAAUGCUGAAUAAUUACUUA